AUGGACACCGGAGAGAGAGAUAGCCAGGAAGAGCCUCAUCCCUCUCUACUGGGGUAUCCCACCCUAGUUCGGUGGUACAUCGACACACGCUCCCUCCCCCACCAAACCCUUCCACUCCUCGAAACCCUCCGCCGGGACGACCAAGACUCCGUGACAAAGUACAUGCAAUGGCCCGACAAGCACAUGUCGCUGGCCUCCCAGCUCCUCAAGUACUAUCUCAUUCACCGAGCAACCCACCUUCCCUGGAACAAAGUCGUCAUCCAUAGAACACCUCUGCCUGAGAAUCGUCCUUGUUUCCAUGCGAACCUUCUCGGUCCGCUUGUCAAGGAGGUCGAGUUUAAUGUCAGCCAUCAGGCUUCGUUGACUAUGCUAGCGGGGACUAUCGUUUACAACAAUGAUGAUGACAGUUCGCAUCUGCAUCUAUCACCGGCCUCCUCUCAUCAACCUCCCCCUCACCCUCAACCCAAACCCCAGAUUGGAAUCGACGUAACAUGCACCAACGAACCCCGCCGCCGUAACAACACCCCCCAAAACCUGCGCGACCUGUCCGAGUUCGUAGACAUCUUUGCAGAGGUUUUCGCAGCCACCGAAGUGCAAGCGAUGAAAAACCCGCGCCUGACACUCUCAAAAGCGAACUCUCUCAACCGCGGCCUGACUUUUGAUUCGUCGUCGGAGCAGAGUCUCGCUCAAUACGGCCUUCGGCUCUUCUACUCCUUCUGGGCUUUGAAAGAGGCUUUCGUCAAAAUGACCGGCGAUGCGCUUUUAUUUCCUCAUUUGCGCGAGUUGGAGUUCAGUGACGUUAUUCCCCCAGAUCCAGUCCCGGUGUCACACUCUGGACAUCAUAUAUCUUCAACUACAAAGUCAUCGGAUUACCGUUGGAGCCAGCCCUACAAAAGCACGAGAAUUUCCUUGCACGGCAAACCAGUCACAAAUGUCCGCAUCCACCUACUCGCCUUUGAAGAAGAUUAUAUCGUCGCAACAAUAGGUCGCGGCGCCCACGUCGGACCUAUACCUGCAUCCGCAGAAACCGGAAACGGAACCGAAAAUGAGCACCCCCUUCUACCAAAGGAGGAGGGCGUGAGAAUAGAUCCGAUUGAGGUAUCUGCGACGAGGAAGAUUGGUGAUGCUGACCCAUGGCAUAAGGGACGGGUGCUCGAGGAUUCAUGGCUGCCUGUACAGGAGGUGGAUAUUGAGCGUGAUAUACGGUCCUGUGCAGAGGGGCGCUGUGGCCAUUCUGGUUCAGUUGCUUUAUAG